AUGGCCCAUUACCGUCCCCUCCCUCCAUCGCAGGGGUCGAGUGGAGAGUCACGGCCCCGUCAUCUCUGUCGCAGCCCCCUCCCCUCCAUCACGGGGAUCGCCGGCAGAAUCACUGACCCGUCCCCUCCGUCGCUGGGGGAUCGGCCGGAGUGUCGCUGGGAUCGCCGGGAGCAUCCAGCCCCUACCCCUACCCCCUACCUGACGAGCGCCGCCCGAGGUCACGGCGGACGCGUCUCUGCCUCCUCGUCCACCUCGCGCCCUUCGAUCGCCUCGAGAUGGUUCUUCAUCUGCAAGAUCCCAACCCGAAUUUUCUCCUCCUUGGCCCAGUCUGGUGUAACGCCCCCGCUCUCCUCAACGGCGGGAUCAGACCUCCAGCCUCAACAGUGGGAUCCGAGUGGGCGGCCACCGCCAUGCUCGCCUGCGGGAUUGGACACCGUCGCCUCAACACUGAAGCGAAAAUAUGUUAUUUGCAGUAUGCACACUACAAUGGCCUUGGGCAGUAAAUAUAUAGGCACACCCAUGAAAUGGGUCAACUGUGAAGACCAGACAUACAGCGGAUCUGCAGUUCAGAUGUAUGGCAAAUGUAAUCUUCCAAAAUUGCAGAUCAUGAUUUGUGACCUGAUACGGCCAGCGAUGGUGGGAACCAGGGACUCGUCUUCCAGAUUCCAGCAGCAGCUGGCGGUCGUGACGGCCGGUGCUCGGAUGCCCCAUCAUCAGAGCCAGUUUGGAUUCAAUGGUCAUGUCAGCCCGCAGCAUUACGCUGCUAUGGCACAUGGGGUUGAUUCCUACGACUUGGCGGCUCGUCAUCUGGUACAAGGUGGAUCCACUCACUAGAUGUUGUUUCAUUAAGCAAGAUGACACUCACGAUCUCAACUCAAGUAGCUGCGGAUAGUGAUGCUUAUUGCUUUCUUCAUGUUUUUCUUAAAUUUUUUCCUUCCCCUAUAUAAGGUGGGUCUUGAUGUUGUACAAAUGAAAUUAAUGUACAGUGUGUGAAUAUAACUUUGGCAUUUGCAGU